GCACCGGUCGGGUCAGUUCCAAGCGGCGGCGCUCGCGCGUGCACUAGCGCUCGAUGCGAUCAUAACAAAAACAUUUUUCUUCGAAAGUUCCUCGAGUUGGUACCGAUCCUUUACAAAUUCCAUCUUUUUGUACUUUUGAUGAGAUCAGUGACUGAACUAGAGUUUAUGUGAUAACUUUGCUAAACGAUCUUUAGGUGAUGGACUUUUUGCAUUGAAACUUUUGUGCCGAAGACCUUUAAGUGUUUAAAAAUUGUUGCGAGUGAAAUCUUUAUCAACGGUGCAGCGCAGGCGGCUCAUUGUCAGAUUAUCUAGAUACAGAACUGAGUGGCGGUAGUUGAGAGUCGCGCAGCAUGCGGGGAGUGACGUGAGCAAUGGCGUCGGAAGCGCGCCCGCGGUCGCCGCUAGAGGGCGCGCGGCGCCGGCGCGAGCGCGACAACAAUAGGUCGGGAUACGUGACGCUGGGAGCAGUGCGGUACUCUGUGCGGCGGGCGGGGGUGCCGGUGCGCGCGGGGGGCGGGGCGUGUCCGUGCCGCUGCUGCAGCGAGGAGCUGGUGGCGGCGUGUCUGCCGCGCGCCAAGCCCGAGCGCCGCACGCUGGACCGGCUGCGGGGCCGGCUGGGCCGCGGCCGCGACGACCGGCCCUCGCGCCACCAGCGGCUGCAGGCCCUCACCGAGCGUCUGAUGCCGCGCUCGACCGUGCCGACGCCCCCAGCUCCGCCACCGCCGCCCCCACCGCACUCCGCGCCGGUGCUGCCGCCGCCCGUGCCUCCGCCCCGCUCGCGGCAUCGCCACAGCCCACCGCGCGGCCUCUCCGUCGACCGCUGCGAUGACUUCGACGCCGAUAACAUCACGCUGGUCCGGGUGGAGCCUCGGUCUAUUGUCGGCUCGUAUGCUCAGAAGACGAUUCCGUACAGAAGCGCGUCAUUUUCACAAGGAGAUUUUGCACAGGACAAAUACUAUAGAGUGAGACAAACAUCGAUUUUUGAUUUUGGUAAAUGUCCGAAUAAAACUGAAACGGGACGAGCGGGAUCAGUACCUAUUCGGAGAGAUGGCGAAUCAUCUCAUGAUGAUAAUGCUACGGAAGGUGGUUCCUUGGCAUCUGUGGAUUCUGCCGUAGGUUCCGAUGAGGGCUUGUUGGCUCACGCUUCCCCGGCACCUCGCUCGCCGCCGCCCGCCGCGCCACUCGACGCGCUCCACAAGCUCGGAGGGCGUUCGCUGACGCACCCGCUUCCGCGUCGCAUCCCGUCCGUACGCGAGGAGACGGCGGCCGAGGCGGGCGGCAGCUUGCCCGUGCUGGGCCGCGUGCUGCAGGAGCUACGCGAGGAGAGUGACGGCUCGCAGGCUGACAGUGCGCAGCCACAUAGUGAAGGCGCUUCUCCUCUCGAACCGACCCAACCAUUCGCGUUCCCGCCGUUACCCGACCCUCCUAAUAACGCGUGUGCCAACUUGAAUUGUGAGUGUAGUAGUUUACCACUUGAAAGUGAGGAAUCCGCGAGUACUAUAGAGAGUUCAAUUCCAGUGCCUGUUUAUGAGUGUAUAGUAAAACAAUGGUCCCAGGAGCUACCGCAGGAGGAGCCCACUCGGGACAAUGUGUCGGACGGUUCUUUAGAUAGAGACAAAGAGGAUGAAACUAUUACUAGUGAACAAGUAGCGAACUUACUGGCAGCCGUGCAGAACACAGGGUCUGCGCCAGCACCACUAAGCCCGACCCCCGUAUUGGUCGCAGCCGGUGUGAGAGAGAGACGUCGUCCAUCAGAUAAGUCCAGAAGACGUAAGGGUAUUUACAUCACGACAGCCAGCGACGACGGUGGUGAGGAGGAGCCGCCAGCUGUCAACGGUUGCAAGCGCGAAAGCAGCGACGUAUCUCUUCAAGAAAUCCGUUUGUCUGCCGAAGCGCGAACGUCAUCCCUCCUCGGCGACAAAUCUGAUGACUCAUGCACGAAUGGACCACCGAGUCCUUGCGAAGUGCCGACGCUAAUGUGGCCUCGUUCCGAGGAGCUGAAAACGAGAAGAGCGAGGUUUUCUCAGCAAAGUUCUGAUGAAAGAGAUGACGAGACCUACCGUACGCGACGAAAAUACGGGGUAACUUCCAGAGGGGACUCUCCUUCCGAGGCGGACAGUGAUACUUGUUCGCGGGACCGAACGGCAUCGCCUUCUCCGUUUAGUCCAUCAGACGCAUCCGAUGUGGAGGCUAAACGCCAACAAUUCAGUAGGAGCAAUUUUGGGAGGACUCUUGAGGCCCCUUCGAUCAAAUCAACGGAAGUGGGUAGAAGGAGUUUAUCUGAUGCUACUGUGCCAAAUCGGAAGAGCAGUGCCGGCGCUGCGAUCGCGAGCGUUGGUCGACCAAGAGGGCCGACGCACGUGCGCGCGACGUCGUCGCCGUCGAAGCUGGUGGGCACGCGGGGCCCGGGGGGAGUGGGGGCCGACUUGUUGCAGGAGUUGCUGCGAGGAAGCUCGGAGGCGCUUUCAAACGCCUCACACUUUGACAACGUUGUGCUGACCUUGGGAGAACAUAAUGACACGCGCACUCACGUCGUGGUGGAGCUGUAUGAAACUGAGAAAUCGUAUGUCGAUUCACUCGAAAUACUCGUCAAGAAAUACCUCCACCCUCUCAAGAGUCCAGAGAAUGCUGGUCUUCUAGAAGCGUCGGUGGUGGAUGAGAUCUUCUUCCAGGUGCCGGCGAUCCUUGCAGUGCACAGGGCGUUCCUGGAGCAGCUACGACGCAGGCUGGAGAUGUGGGACCUUACGCAGAAAGUGGGCGAUGUCUUCCUAGAGGUGUUCACAAAACCACCAGUAAUGGAGACGUACAUGUCGUUCAUCAAUAACCUCAAGCGAGCAAAGAACACAGUAAAGACGGCGGCCGCGUCGAGACCAGCGUUCGCGAAGUUUCUGGACGCGAUGGCGCGGGACCACAAGGGCAAGCUGUCGCUGGACAACCUGCUCAUAAAGCCUGUGCAGAAGUUCCCUAGUUACAAGCUGUUAGUGGAGAGGCUGAUUAAAAAUACGGAUCCAUCACACCCCGAUCACAAGUACCUGGUAGAAGCGAAGAAGGAGAUCCUAGAGCUACUGGAGCUGAUCAACUGCACGGAGCGGGAGAGCUUGGAGCUGGAGCAGCAGCAGCAGGUGCUGCGGGACCUGGAGCAGCUCAUCGAGGGGUUGUCAGGCCUGGUGGGUUCAGACCGCGCGCUGCUGCGGCACGAGACGGUGGCGAUGCCGGCCGCGCAGGCGGUCAAGGAGCGCGCGCUGUUCCUGCUCAGCGACACGCUGCUCGUCACCAGCGUCAAGAGGCGUACUGCCACUAUCAAGAAACCCAUUGUAACAUACCAAAGCAGUAUAGCAAGCCAGAUGGAAGGCAACAAAUAUAAACUUCUCAUGAGGAUACCACUCGCUGAUCUCGAAAUUGUUAAAGCGAAAGAUGAGAACGUGCGCCGCAUGAUGUGCGAAGUGGAAGCGCUGACGGCGGACGUGGCGACGCUGCGGCGCGUGACGGAGCAGCUGCGCGCGCUGCACCAGCCGCAGCCGCAGCUGGAGGACGCUGCCAGGGACGCGCUGCAGGCCGCCGCCAGGUCUCUGGCAGACAGACACGCGGCGGACGCGCAGCUGUGCCAGCUGGAGCUCAGCGUCUCGACACAGAAUGGCCCUGAGAACCUAACGAUAAUAUUCCCGAAGACCGAGAAGAGAAGCAGUUGGGAGGAGCUAGUGAAUGAAACUAAACAAAAAUUGAGCAUACAGACGUGGGAGCGCGGACGGCUGGCGCCGGAGUUCCUGUCGCCGGUGCCGAUCCGCAAGACGCGCGCCGGGCUGCAGUUCACGUGCGCCGCGCCCACGCUGCCGCCGCCCGGACAGCCGCCCGAUGUCUGGGUGUGCAACAGCGACGGGUACGUGGGCCAGGUGUGCGUUCUGACGCUGUCGCCGCGGCCGCAGGUGACAUCGUGCAAUGGCGUGUGCAACGCGCGCAUCCUGUGCGUGGCGUGCGUGCCCGCCGCCCCCCACCCGCCCGCGCUCGCGCUGCCCCGCCAACAUACGCUCGACGUCCCAAGUACGAGUUCCCUGAACAGCGUGGGCUCGGCCAAGCCGGGCAUCAGCGUGUCGGACCCCGACGACAGCUGUCAGAACAUUCGGCUAGACAGCUCAUCAUCGAGCGACGAGGAUGACGACGCGUCGUCGACGAGCGAGAACCCGGAGCCUCCGCCCGCGCCCUCGUCCCCCGCGCCCGCGCCUCCGCCCCCCAACCACAGCAAGAGCCUCAGCUCCCCGCACACGGGACACAUCGCAGCCCAUCCCGUCACGAAGUCCAACUCCAACCCCGCGGUGGACAAGCAAGCUAUGGGUAUUACUUCGGUUACCGGCCGCACCACUUUGGGCACAUUAUCGUCCCCGGCUAGCCGGCAGUCGUCGGAGGACGGCGGCGCGGGCGCGGCGCAGGCGACCAUGUGGCUGGGCACGGAGGACGGCUGCGUGCACGUCUACAACUGCCAGGACAACAUCCGCGUCAAGAAGAACAAGAUCAAGCUGCAGCACAACGCUGCGGUGCACUCUAUUGUAUAUUUAGAAGGGAAGGUAUUUGUAGCCCUCGGCAACGGAGACCUCGUCGUGUAUGGAAGAGAUAUAGAUGGUUCGUGGGCGGAGAGGGCGCGCGUGACGGUGGGGGUGGGCGCGGUGGGGGGCGGCGCAGCGGCCGGCACCGCGGCGGCCGGCAUGCUGCUGUGCGGCGGCAAGCUGUGGUGCGCCGCGCUCUCCUGCAUCAAGAUCAUCUCUCCGCACACGCUGCAGGUAGACGAAACAUUCCAAAUUAGCUGCGAGUCGAAGCCGAUCAGCCACAUGGCGGUGAGCGGCGGCACGCUGUGGCUCGCGCUGCACAACGCGCCGCUGCUGAGGUGCUACGCCGCGGGCAAGCGGGAACUGCUGGCCGACAUCAACAUCACGCCUACUGUCACCAAGAUGCUGCAUGGCUGUGACGACAUAAUCCGUCAGCACAAGGCGGCGUGCCUGCGCGUGACGGCGCUGCUGGCGCACCGCGACGCGCUGUGGGUGGGCACCAGCGCGGGCGUGCUGCUCACCGCCGCGCUGCACACCGCGCCCGACACCAACGGACACUUCACUGUGCCGCAGCUCAUGGGUGUAACUUAUGGGCAUACUGGCCACGUGCGUUUCUUGACGGUGGUGGAGAACCCGGUGCCGCAGAAACAGCCGCAGAAGACGACACAGACGUCACUAAAGACAAAAGCAUUAAGUCGACGAUCGACCAACGCGGAGAAAAUGCAGAAGCAGGCAGAAACAAGCCAGAAUAGUAAAGAGACGCUUAUUAUAUCUGGCGGUGAUGGGUUCGAAGACUUCCGCAGUUCUACGAUGACGGAGGACGCUGGCAGAGAAGACUCGACCAAUCACUUGCUACUUUGGAGAGUGUGAGCUGCUGAACAAGAGAGAACAAGGGCUUCAGUCUUCGAGCCGAGAGCUCAGGAGAGAACGGGGAACCUCGUGCCGCGCGCGAAGGCGACCGUUCUCAUUGUUUCGUUGUGAACGUUAGUAUUAUUCCAGCUUUCAUUAAAAGAUAAACGUUGUAUGCUAAUUAAAAUUAUAAUAAACGUUUAAAUAAUGUGUUUGCGCUGAUUUGCGCGAUUGAGAUUAUUAACUAUUAGUUAAGACAUAAAAUGUCGAUCGAUCUUAAAGGAAUUAUCGAAAUUUUUGAGAUUUAUUUAACAUCGUGCAGUAUUAUUGAAUUUUUAUAAAUUGGGCCUGUUAUGGUCAGAAACAUACAUAUAUCUGUAGACGUUUUAUAAUAUUAUGGAGCUGUGUUUUAGAUCCGUUUACUGUACGUAGUCAUAUCAGAAGUAUUUGUCAGUAACUAUACAAGUAGUGUACCUGGUCCUAAAGAAUAUUUGUGUGCCUAAAGUGUAUUUAGGUAGGUCUAAAUUGUUCAAGAAUCAGUAGUCACGAACAGACCAUUGCAUCAGAAUCAUCGUCCGAUAUCAUUUAUUUAUUUACAAUUUUAUCCAUAUCAAAAGAGAUAUUAUUACCUAUUUUGUAUAUUCGCUUAUAGUAUUAUCAACAAUUAUAAUAAAAAAAGCCUGACUUUGUGAUUUAUCUGAAACAUAAUCCAUUGCGAAGAAAAUGAUAAACAUUAUGAACAUUUGCCAAGAUAAUAAUUACAGGUUUGUGAUUGCUCAAAAUCUUCAAUACCCGCUCCCGCAAAUAAUGUAAUGUAAGACAAAUUUUUAAUAUUACGUAUAUGUUCGGAUGGUGUAUUCUAUAUUUAUAAUACAGAAUAAAACAAAGUCACACUAA